AUGGACGACAGUAGAGCUCAGCAGCAGAAGCGGUGCAUGGCCAAGGGAGCAGCAGGAGUUGGAGGUUUUGCUGAUUUAUUCCCUCUCUCUGUGUCUCACAUCUUCCACCGCCUCUCUGCCAUGACUAUGUCAGAGGGCUUGUUUGCAGAGGUCAGUGUUUCAGUGAGGAUCCUCUGCUGCCGCACCGCAACGCGCCGCACCGACCGCCAGGGUAAAACUCACACUGCUGAUGAAGCUGCUGCUUUCCUCUUCCCUAGACGGAUGCAAGUCAUGCCCGCCCCUCUCGCAUCACACCUCCUCUUUGCUGCCAUCUGGUGGGCAACUGCAGUCUCAACAGCCGCCGCGCUACCAACCAACAGCACCCUAGUGCCGAGUAGUAGCAGUCGUGGUCCUUCACCCAGCAUAAGUCUCGACGGUGAGGAGGAGUUGCGGUCUGCUAAUGUGAUGGGUGUAGCGGUGGGCGUCUCUGUGCCCCGCGUGAGGCGCCGACGGGCCAUCUCGGCCAGAGACAUGGCAGCCCUGCUGGAGUACCACAACCGCGUGCGCUCACAAGUCUCCCCAACAGCCGCCAACAUGGAGUACAUGGUUUGGGAUGAGAGUUUAGCCCGGUCGGCUGAGUCGUGGGCCUCCCUGUGCAUCUGGGACCAUGGCCCCCCACACCUCAUGAAGCACACCGGCCAGAACCUCUCCAUCAACUCUGGCGGGUAUCGCUCGGUCAUUGAUCUGGUGCGUUCAUGGCAUGAUGAGAAGAACGCCUUCUCCUACCCCAACUACUGCACUGGUUCAGUGUGCUCGCACUACACACAGAUGGUGUGGGCCAGUACCAGCAGGAUGGGCUGUGCCAUCAACAAGUGCUCCAACAUGUACGUGUUUGGCAGCACCUGGCAACAAGCAGUCAUAUUAGUAUGCAACUACUCCAUUAAAGGUAACUGGGUGGGAGAGGCUCCUUACAAACGGGGCAAGCCGUGCUCCGCCUGUCCGUCAAGCUACGGAGGGACGUGUUCCAGAAACCAGUGCUCCACCCGCUCCAUACGUCAUGUCCAAUCAUCACGCGCCACCACGUUCAAAAAGUACAAGUCGUGGUACAAUUGA